UUUACAGCUAGCUGUGUUUGACUUUUGACUGCAAUUUGCCUAUUGAGUUUCAUACCUAUCUAUGGUCUAUAUCACAUCAUACUGUUAAUCAACACGGAAACUUAACAUCAUAUAUUCCUUGCUCUCGCUUAAUUUUCUGUUCCAUCCAUCCAUUUUUUGUUUAAUCCGAAUACUAGUUAUUAUGGCGUUGGAAGAGAUUUACGUUACAGAGUUACUAAAGAAAUUGGUUUCUGCUGCUGCCCAAAAAAUUGGUAUGAUCUGGCUUGUAGAUAAUGAUCUGCAAAAGCUCAAAGAUAUUGUGGAGACGAUCGCGGCUGUAACAUCUGAUGCUGAAAAGAAGCAGGUGAAAGACAGAUCUGUGCAGCUCUGGUUAAGAAACCUCCAGAACGUUGCCUAUGAUAUUGAAGAAAAUUUGGAUGAAAUGUCCAAUGAAGAUAAACGUCUCUCUGAAAAAUAUGGAAAGCAAAAGAAGAUACGAGGCCUACUUAAAUUUGGUACGUUAACAAGAAUCAAAAACAUUAAUCAUAAGUUAAAUGGAAUCGUUAGGGACCAAGUUAUGUUUCAGUUGGAACAUACCGUUGAAGAUGAUCAAAGUAUUCAUCAACAAGACCGAGGGACACCUUCGGUGAUCGGAGAUUCUAAAAUGGUCGGAAGGGAAAAAGAUGCAGCUCACAUAAUAGAGAAGUUACUGAUGACAAACCCGUCAUCGUCAUCAGCUGAUAAUUUUAGUCCUCGGGAAAAAAUUUCAGUCGUUUCAAUAGUGGGCAUGGGGGGAGUUGGGAAAACGACCCUCGCUAAAUUUGUUUACGAAGACGACUCCGUUGUGAGAAGCUUUGAGCUAAGAGGGUGGAUCCUGAUUUCUGAAAAAUUUGAUGUCUUCGUAACUUUAAGAAAAAUUCUAGAGUCCAUUACUGGAAAAAAGUGUGAUGAUUUUUCAAAUGUCAAUGUACUGGUAAGGAAAGUUCAGGAAGAGAUUUGCGGGAAGAAAUAUUUGUUUGUCCUAGAUGAUCUGUGGAACGAGGAUGCGGAAGACUGGGAUAAAUUCAAGAAUUUUUUAAGUGUGGGUGCUCCGGGGAGUAAAUUAUUAGUGACUAGUCGUAAACAAAGUGUUGCAUCUAUCGUCAGGGGAACAAUUCCGCCGCACAAACUAACACCCUUAUCCAGCCAAGAAUGUUGGUCUAUUAUCAAGAAUAGAGUUUUUUCUUCAGAUCUGGAACUCGAGACUCCAACAAUUAUGGAAGAUAUAGGAAUGGCGAUCGCUAGAAAAUGUGGUGGUUUGCCACUUGUAGCUAAUUCUCUCGGCGAUCUUAUGUGUAAGAAAAGGACCGAGUAUGAUUGGGUGGCGUUCAGGGACAACGGAAUUUACAAUAUACCAGAGCUCACAAAUAGAGUAGUACAAAUAUUGAAGAUGAGUUAUGAUGAUUUACCCUCUAAUUUGAAAAAGUGUUUCUCAUAUUGUUGUUUAUUUCCUAAAACUUAUGAAUUUAACAGAGAAACAUUGAUUCAAUUGUGGAUGGCUGAAGGGUUCCUUGAUCAGCCAUCUCAUGAAGGAAUCCAGAACUCUCUCGAAGACAUCGGUAAUGACUAUUUUCUUAGUCUGCUGUCUAGCUCUUUCUUUCAAGAUGUGGAAAAGGAUGACUUGGAUGAUGUUACAUCGUUCAAAAUGCAUGAAUUAGUACAUGAUCUUGCGUUAAGUGUCGCUGGCAGUCAUGAGGCCACGAUUCUCAAAGCAAGUGAAAUGGAAAAUGCUUCGACUGGAAUUCGUCGUCUACAGAUAAUUGUGGAAGACAAAGAAGAAGAAAAUUUCUCUGAUGUCUUGAAGAAGAAUGCAAAAAACCUGCGUACAAUAUUUUGGCAAGAUGAGGGCUAUUUUUAUCCGAGUAACAAGGGUCUGCGUGUAAUUCAUAGACUUAGUGCUUCUAAUCGGAAGACUGUAUCUUCCUCUUUUGAGUUUAAACACCUGAGGUACCUUGAUCUCAGUAAUUCUGAAGAUGUCCAUGCUGCAUCAGUUAAUCAACUCUACAAUCUGCAGACUCUGAAGUUAAAUCAUGGCAAAAGUGUUCAAGAUAUUCUCAACGGAAUUGGUUCUUUGAACAACUUACGGCACCUAGAUCUCUCUUCUUCGGACGUCAAAGAGUUACCUGAUUCUAUGACUAGGCUCACCAAUUUGAAGACUUUAGAUAUCCGUUCAUGCCGUUAUCUUUCUAAGUUACCGGAAAAUAUUGGGUCUCUCCAAAAUCUGUCGUCCCUUGAUCUGGAAGGUACUGCAAUCCUACAACUCCCUGAAUCAUGCAUCAGAAUCUACAAUUUGGAGAUAGUGCGACUAGGAUCUACAUGUAAGCUUCCUAUGGAGAUUACAUACUGGAACAAAUUGAGACGGUUUACGCAUAGUAGAGAUGAUGAUGAAAUGCCAAGAGGUGUACAAGAGCUAAUUCGGAUUCAAGAACUAAAGUCUUAUCUGGUGAGGAAAGAAGAAGUCUCCAAUAAUUCUAGUGGGAUCAAUGAAUUAGCAAGCCUAAACUCGCUUCAGCUUCUAGUGAUAAGAAACCUGGAAAAUGUGAGAGGUCGGAUAGACGCAGAAGGAGCAUGUUUAAAGGACAAGCAAUACAUUCGCCAAUUGCAUCUACACUGGAGCUCCUGUCGUUCAGAUGAUGAUGAUAGUAUGGUGCUGGAAGGUCUGCAACCUCACCCUAAUUUGAAAGAACUGAAGAUACAGACAUUCCAGGGUUCAAAGCUUCCUAAAUGGAUGGGUUUAUCUUACUGCCUGCCGAAUUUGGUGGAAUUAUGUUUGUUUGAAUGCGACCGUUGUGACAAGCUUCCAGCGCUGGGUAUGCUCCCAUGUCUUGAAGUUCUUCACAUAAAAGGAAUGAAUUCUGUAAAGUUUUUGGAUAUAGAGUUUUAUCAUCAAGGAGGAGGAGAAAGCAGCAGCAGGACUACCACCGGAAAAGGUACAAUAAGUUUGUUCCCUUCUUUAACUGAGUUGAAUGUUGAUGGGAUGGAAAGUUUACUUGAAUGGGUUCCUUCUCCUCCACCGCCUUAUUACUCCUUCAUUUCUUUGAAGACUUUGAUUAUCAAGAAGUGUCGAAGACUGAGAACGACACCGAACUCAUUUCCUUCUCUUAGGUCACUGGAAUUAAAAGAUAUCAACGAUAAGGCAGAGAAAUCAAUUCUAGCCAGUAUUAAAGGUCUCAGUCUUACAUCCAUUUCCACUCCCAAGUACCAGAGCAAUUUUACUCGCUGAUCACUGCCACCACCACCACAACCCAUGCAAGAGGAGUCUUUGCACAUUGACGGGUUCUCUUUCUGUCUCACUCUUCUAAGAGUUCAAUUAUGAACUAGUUUUGUGAUUAUCCUCGAUAAAUUUAAGCAUCUUGAUUACCAAAAGCUGUAAAA